UGAACUUUGUGUCUCUUUUCAGGAAACAGAAAAUGGCUGAAAACAUUCGGGAGAAGCUGGAAAACUAUAAAACGGCUCCCUUUGAUAGCAGGUUCCCCAACCAAAACCAAACACGCAAUUGCUGGCAGAACUACCUUGAUUACCAUCGCUGUGAGAAAGCCAUGGCAGCCAAGGGAGGAGAUCCUUAUGUUUGCCAGUGGUACAAAAGGGUGUACACGUCCCUCUGCCCUGUUUCUUGGGUCACUGCCUGGGAUGAACGCAUAGAAGAGGGGACUUUUCAAGGCAAGAUCUGAUUGCCUCAUGCCUGCCGAACGGCUC